CUCGUGUGCCCUUAAAUUAUUUUCCAUUUUUAAGAUUCUCUUCUUCUUCUUCUUCUUAUAUUCUAGUUCUGUCUUAAUCACCAUGGCAUCAUCUGGGAAUGGCAGUGGCUCUCCUUGCGGCGCAUGCAAGUUUCUCAGGCGAAAAUGUGCAUCGGAUUGUAUUUUUGCGCCUUAUUUUUGCUCUGAACAAGGCCCUGCAAGGUUUGCUGCCAUUCAUAAAGUUUUUGGUGCCAGUAAUGUGUCUAAAUUGUUGUUGCAUGUUCCUGUGGCUGAUCGUUGCGAGGCCGUUGUUACAAUUGCCUAUGAAGCCCAAGCUCGGAUUCGAGAUCCCGUUUAUGGCUGUGUUGCACACAUCUUCGCCUUGCAACAACAGGUGGCAAUGUUGCAAGCUCAAUUGAUGCAAGCGAAGGCUCAACUAGCUCAAAACACAAUGGAUCCAAGGAGUAUAGAGAACCAAUAUUGGGUGGGAAACACAGGUGUGGUGUCAUCGUUUUCAACUAAUUAUCCAACUUACAUGAAUUCAAUAUCUCCACAAAGCUCAUUCGAAUCAGCAGACCUCAACAACGAUGGGAUGAAUAUGCAAGAAUUAGAGAGCUGUAGAGAGGAUUUCUCAUUUCAAGCUUGUCCAAACAAGAAGAGACCAUGUAAUAGUACUGAGUUGGGUGAGCUUCAAGCACUUGCCCUUAGAAUGAUGAGAAAUUGAUUUCAAUUAUUCAUGUUUCUUGAUGAAAAAAGAUGCUAAUGAUCAUCAUCAUCCAUGCCCAAAUUAUGUAUAUACUCGGACUGAAAAUUUGAUAAAGCCUGAAA